AUGUCUGAGGAUGAUCCGGAUGGCCCUGAGAAUUCUUCUCAAAAUUCUACUCAACGGACCCUGACCAUCGAUGAAAAGGAUGCGAUAUUCCUCAAGUGUACUCAUACUGAUUCCAAGGGGAACCCAUUUGGACUUGGAACACUAACUGAGAUGGUCUGCAAAGGGAAAAGGAAAGAGAGCUAUGCAAGCUCUCCAGCAGACUCGCUUUCAGAAAUCCAUGAACAACUUGAAGCAUCUCGUCUUAAAAUUCUUGCACAGGAAGAGAGCAUUGCUCGACGUGAUGAGGAGAUUCGCCGCGACCAAGCUCGACGUGAUGAGGAGCAUCGACGUGAUCAAGAACGUAUCGCUGAAAUGGAGAGGCUCAUUACAUUCUCUGAUCCCCGCCUUGCAGCAUUCAUGAGUGAACAACCAGACAACACUCCAAUCAGCGAACCAGUCACUGCAUCGACCACCGCACAACCUCCUGGACGAGUCACCACAUCUCCCACCUAA